UAUGCCAGAAUUGGAGGAAGAAGGGCAUUUCCCUGAAGAUAGAAUAGCUGCAAUGUUGGAUAAUGAUAAUCAAAUAUUCAAUUUGGCAAAGAUUGAUUUGGACACUGAAUUGUUGAGUGAUAAAAGAAAAGAAACUAAAGUUAGAAUUGAAUUGCUAAAAUGGAUUUUAAGAAUUUUAAGAACAAAGCAAUUAUUAAUUGUUCUAAGACCGGGACUUGAUAAUUCUUCUCUUCAAGACGAAGAUGGAAAUGUUUUACUUUUGUGGUAUAGAUUUAUUUAUUCACUUUUCUUUCAAUGGAAAUAUGCUUUACUUGGGGCAAGAUCAAAUAGUCGUUGUGGUCAGGCAUUACAGAAAUUUGACUCUAGACAUUGUGAAUGGAGACUGAGUUUUGUUCAUUUUGAAGAUUUAUGGUCAGCAAAUGAUGUUCCCGCUUAUGGAGCUGGUUCUCCUCUAGAAGAAAAAUUACGUUUUUUACGUUAUUUACUUAGCCAUCAAACGUUACCACAAUCAUCCCUUUGUUCUUUCAAUUCUUUAAAUAAUAACAACAAUAAUUUUCUUCCAUUUCCAAUUUGUCAAGAAUUAAUUAAAGAAAAAGAACCUUUAUUUAAUUUAUUUGUUUAUUUUCGAUAUAAAUAUUUUUCAAAUGAAGAAUUAAAUCAACUUGAAAAUUUAUUAGAAUUAACAGAAGAAAUGGCUAUAUUCUUUCCAGAAGUUUUUAAAGGAGAAAAUUCAAUUUUUAAAAACAAAAAAUUAACAUUUUUCAAUGAAGGAAUAUCUCAUUAUUUAAAUAAAUCUAUGAGGAUGCCUUUAAAUAUUAGAGGUUAA